AUGCUGCAAAUUAAAGAAGACAAAGUGCCUGUUAAUAUUAAAAGUAAAAAACAAUCGAAAUUUAAUUUGUUACCGGAAAUUCAAUUGGAUGUAUUUAAAUGCCUUGAUUUCGCUCAAUUAUUGGAUGUUCAGCAAGCAAGUGUUUAUUUCAAGAAUUUUAUUAAUGAACAUGGAAAGGUUUUGGCAAGGAAGAAAUUUGAUAAGCUUGAAAUUGAUAUUGUCGAUAAUGAAACUAUAAGAUGCUAUAAAAGGUGUAAGCAGGACCCUCAGCUAUAUGACUACAAAUUGGAAGAACAUAGACCUUGUGACUCUGGAAUGUGUGAAAAAACGUUUAAAUUCUUUAAAUUAAAACCUCAACUUUAUGAGUUUGAAUUGAGUAAACGGCUUGAAAGGGAGUGGAAGAAUGCAAUAGAAAAACAAAUUCCUAUGUUUUCAACAGCUGACUAUCAAGACGCAAACACAAUUGCUUGUGAAGUGGAACAAAAUUACAAACAAGGAAAAGACUUGUACUGUUUUUAUUUGUCAAAAUAUCCAAAAAAUAUAGAGGAAAUGAAAAUUGCUCGUUAUUUCUUCCAAUUACUUUUUAACUGUUCAUUCCAUUUAUUUGGAACUCGUCUUGUUGUAAUCAAUCCAAAAAUGAUUGAAUUAUUAUUUGAUAAUGAAAUUACUACAAAUAAACAUUUACAAAUCCAUUCUCAAAAUGCCGAACUAUAUCUUUGCGAGGAACAUAAUUUAAACUUUGCUUGGAAUCAUUUGGUUUCUAAUCGAUUAUACGUUGGAAUAUCUGAAACCUUCGACGUAGAAAAAAGUUUAAACAUUUUAUUUAAAAUUUUGGCAAAUGGAGGAAACAAAUUCUCUAAUAUUACUUAUGAUUUUUUAAAUUCUAAACUUUACAAUUUUAUUAUAGAGGUUUGUAAAAUUUUUAUUAUUAAAGUAGCCUGA